UAAAAGACGGAAAGCCCGAGCAGUGGAUAUCACACAACGAAAGGACUUGUCUAUCGACAGACGUCAGCACCACUCCCAUUCAACAAAAUGAAGGCCUGCCUUGCUCUGUUCGUUUUUGCUGCCAUGGUUGCUGCCAGCCUCGCCGGAUACUUGUACGGCGGCUACGGCGGUUACGGUGGCGGCUACGGAGGCUACGGAGGCGGCUACGGUGGCGGCUACGGCCAUUACGGCGGUGGCUACGGUGGCGGCUAUGGCGGCUACGGUGGUUAUGGAGGCUACGGAAAGUACGGUGGCUACGGAGGCUACGGCUACCACGGCUAAACGAGAUGUUCGUUCAUUCGCUACAGCCAAAGCAAUCUGUAAAAAGUCAAAUGAAUAAAUUAUGUGAGUCAGAAAGAAAA